UCAAAAUUAAGGCCAUGUUUCUUUGUUUAUCACAGGGAGGAGCCAGCGUGUGGGAGUCUGCUUACUUUCGCCCAAUUCAUCUUUAUAGCAAUAGAAGGCUUCGUCGUGACUACCGACUUCGGCAGAAAAAAGAACGUUAUCCCGAUCAAAGAGGCCUUAUAGCCAGCAUUUUGAUCGGCAUCCUGGUGCUGGGUCGACAUUACACCGUUACCAAGUACCUGUCCGUGCUGAUGAUUACACUCGGCACUAUCAUCUGUACCUUCGCAUCUGCUGAACACUUGGAGGAGGAGCCUGCGGACUCCGAGGGCUUCUCCAGCUUCACCACUUGGCUCAUGGGCAUCGCUAUUCUUACCUUCGCACUCUUCAUGUCGGCUCGUAUGGGCAUCUACCAGGAGUGUCUCUAUACUAAGCACGGCAAACACCCCCACGAGGCACUCUUCUUUAUUCACACAUUGUCACUGCCUGGGUUCUGA